AUGCUCGACCUCCGUCCCGCUUUCCUGCCCUUGCAGCCACUUUCACAAGCGCAGAUGAAGCUCGGGAGCUCACCAGUCUCACCGGGCGGGCCGAUCAGCCCCCUCAGCCUCGACAACGACACCAUUUCCGACAUUCGGCACUCGCUCCGCCCCUUCCCGCUCCUCGCACUACAGCAAAGGAAGCUCGAAUUCGUCUCGCUCGGGAACAAGGAGGACGGGGAUGACGAGCCGCAGGAGCGGUUGGCGAGAGAACUCGUCGUCAGGCCGAUGAAGCGCGCGGAUGUUGAGCGGGUGAGGGAGUUGCAGGACGCCUCGCUCCCCGUCUCGUACCCCCCGUCCUUCUACACCGUCCUCCUCACGAACCCUUCCUCGCUCUCCCUCGUUGCCUACCACCCGUCCGACCCCUCUACUCUUCUCGGCACAAUCGCCGGGCAACUGAUCUACCCUGCUCCCUCGCUCUCCUCCGCCCCGCAAACACCAACAAUCUACAUCCUCUCGCUUUCCGUCUCCCCCUCUUUCCGUCGUCACGGUCUCGCCUCGCACCUCCUCCGCUCCAUGACCCGCUCGCUUCUUCCCCCUCCGCUCUUCAACGCACAGAAGCAAGAAGCCCGUCUCUCGCUGCAUGUCGAAGCGCGCAACGAUGGCGCGAGGAAGAUGUAUGAGAGGAACGGGUUGAGAAUCGUUGCGCGCCAGAGGGGGUUCUAUUCGAGGUUGAGGGGCGGGGGCAACGGUGAGGCGGUAGAGAUGGAGGGGGUGGUGCGCGUGUGA